AUGGUAUUGAUAAUUGGUUCUGUCUCACGAUUAAUCUCUAUUUUUAUCGCUAAACAACGGAUAAAACGAAGAGAUGCUGGAGCAAGUUCAGAUACGGCCAUCUCUACGGUAGAGAAGCUGGUUGAUGCGCCAAAGUCUCUUGUAUCAAGAAUAUUUCGACUUCCAAUUGAGUCGGCUAUUUUGCCAGUUCGCAAGACAAUCGUCGUUGUUGCGUAUACAGCUUUCGUGGCAGGCCUUGUAACAUACAAGUCCAUUCAUCACGACGCCAAUUUCCACGAGCGCAUUGCGUUUCGCGCGGCUUGGAUUACUGCGACACAGACUUCACUACCCUUCCUCUUAGCCGUGCGCUUCAAUCCAAUUAGUCUCUUACUAGGAACUUCAUACGAGAGGCUCAAUUGGUUUCACAGAUGGGCAUCAAGGGUCUUUUUCGCAAGCGCAACCAUCCACGGCAGUUUCUUCACAUGGGAAUGGCUAGCAGCCAGCUUCUUCUGGACAGAGAUAAAGACCGUCAAGAUGGUGUUACCAGGAAUUGGAGCGUGGUUCAUCCUAGCUUGGACUGUUGUGUCGACGCUACCCUUUUUCCGACGCAUGAAGUACGAACUCUUCGUGGUACAACACAUCAUCUCAGUCGUACUACUUCUCGUCUUCCUAGUCCUUCACGUUCCAGACCACCACCUCUUCAGCAUCUGGUGCGCCGUGGGCGUAUUUGCAUACGAUGUAGUAACACGCUCGGCGAACCCGAUCUGGCGGAAUCUUCGGCUUCGGGUUUCGGCGAAUCCAUCUGUACGAUACGCAUACGACGCCAGUAUCCAAGCAGUCGACGACGAACUAACCAUCAUGACUAUUCGAAAUGUUGGCUUCAAGUGGAAGCCCGGGCAACAUGUUCUGAUUUGGUCGCCGACUUUUCGAUGGGAGACACCGCAUCCGUUCACGAUUGCUAAUAUUCCGGAUUCUCAAGGGAAGAGUCAGGAUGUUCAGCUUACGAUCAAGACGAAGACUGGAUUGACGAGGGAUCUUAAUGAUUGGGCGAGAAGGGCGGGAUUGAGGGGUGAUAAUGGGAGUAUGAGGGUUAUGCUUACAGGGCCUUUUGGUGCGGUGGUGACUUGGAAACAGUAUGAGAAUGUUGUUCUUGUCGCUGCGUCGACGGGAGGAUCGUUCAUCACACCUGUUCUCGAGGAUCUGCUUUCAACACAAUCGCCUGGGUGCGUUCGCAAGAUCAAUGCUUUGUACAUUGUUCGUCGGAAAGCGCAUGCAGAGCCAUAUCUUCAGCAUGUAUCGGGUGUGCUGUUGAGAGCGAAGGAGAUGGGGAUCUCUGUGAAUGUUCAAGUCGCUGUGACGAAGGGUGUUGGUACCGUUUCUGAUGCGGUUCUUCGCGACGACGCGAACGCAAGUCGCGAGAGACUGAUUGAAGAGCACACGAGAGGACCGAGUGUCGAACUGGAGCGCUUCUCGAUAGACUCCACUGCAUCGUCGGAGAGUGGAAGAGAAGAACAGUUGCUGAAGGAGGAGAUGGACAUGGACUUCGAUGGAGCGCAUGCUUCGGCUGUUGAACAUACAGAGGGUCGGCCUGAGAUAGCGACGUUCAUCAGAACGGCCGUCGGCAGUGUUCCUGGGAAUGUUGCUGUCGCUGUGUGUGGUGGUGAUGCCAUUGAGAAGGUGGUCAAGACGAGUGUUGCGUCGAUAAGAAGGGAGAGGAGUAAGGAUGGAGCAGGCGUUGGUGAUAUAUACUUGCAUAUUGAGCGAUCUGAUAUUUAA